UUUAUUAGCUCUCGUGUAUACGUUGUAACGUGACGUUACGAAUUUUCCCGCGUCUGCUGCGAAUCAGGCGAUUGAACCCGGAAACAGCCGAAGGGCCUCGAGGGUGUCAAUCGCCGGAUUCGCGAGCAGACGCGACACUUGUGAUUUAGCUCUCGUUUUUGUGACAACGUGCAUCCUUCCCUGUAAAUCGCCUUGACUGUCGGCUAGUGAAUACUGUGCAAUUACGCUACGGAUAUCGACAAAAUGGAAGCCAACAAAGCCAACAGAAAAAUAGCUAACGAGGAAAAAAUCGAAAAAUUAGAAGAAAGAAAAACACGAUUACAACAAGAAAUAGAAGAAAUCACGAUUAAAAUGAACAACAUGAAGGAAGAGUGGAAUAGAAUGGAAGAAAGACGCCAAGAACUCAAAAAAGACAUUAACACAAUUAAUAUUUGGAAAACAAGCAUUCAAAUGGCAAUAAGAUCGGAAGCGGAAAACAACAACUCAGAGGAGGAAGACAACAACUCUGAAGGAGAAAACAACAGCUCUGAGGAAGAUAGCGAACCAGAAACAGUGAUAACUGUACAAUUCCAAAAACACGAACCAAAUGACAACGACAAAGAAAGCAGUUCUGACGACGAUUUUUACUCCAUAAUAGACGAAGAACAAAUCAAUUUUAAUCAUCAACCCUAUACCUACGAAAAUGAAAGAAGAGUCUUCUUAGGAAAGUUGGCAUGGAGAGUCACUCGCAGAGCCAUCAUGGAAAGCCGUACAGAAGAAAGACAGGAAAUAGAGAAACAAUGGAAGGAAGAACGUGAAAAAAACCAGAAGCUGGUAGAAGAAUUCAUCAAAAACCAAAAAUCAAAAAUGGAAAACAAUACCAAAAAAUAAAAACAAAAUCCUUUUCUCUCUUUUCUUUCAUUUAUACUUUACAUUAAAAACUUAAACAAACAACCAGAUUUUAAGUUCAGACAUAAUACCAACUUUUUAUUUUUCAUUAAACAAAAAUUACUUUUUUUCAUUUCACGUGAAGACAAAACAAAAAAUGUAUCACGUUAAGAUCCUACAUUUCAUACUGUGUAACAAAUAAGAAAAUAAACGAAUAAAAUCAAAUUAAAAUUA